CUCCCGCCCCGCUCCGCCAUCAUGAAGUCCUGAACAAAAACGGAUGAGAGUCGAGCAAAAUGGGGAUAACACGAACAGGAGAUGAAAUCCGCAGACAACACUGACGUAAUGACAGCACAAAGUGGGGCACGGAGUGGACCCGCGGAAAUUAAUGAAUUAAUUUCCCAUUGAAAACGUCCCAGGCAGCUCCUGGCGCUACGUUAUUUAGUUAGCAGAGUUGCUAACAGCAGCUAGAGAGCUAGCCUCUGAUUUUGUUGGGGAGACAACUCUGCUGCUAGCUGCCUGGCUAGUUCAGCUGGCAGGCGUCAGUCAGCUAGCUGUCACUUUAAUUGACUGGCACUAUACUCAUGUCAAGUCGUGCAGACGUGCUAGCUGUCCAAUUGAGUGGGAGCAUCAGGAUGGAGAGGGGUUUGAGUAAAAGCAUCGACAGACACAAUGCGGUUUGUUCGUGUUGAAUAGACACACGAGCAGAAGGAAAGGGGAGUCGGACCAAUAUUUUCCAGCCAGGCCGGUUAGCUAGCUCUUGAGCUAGCUACAGUGGAUCCCAAAAGCCACGGCGCUGGCCAUGCCGUCGAGUGUGCGGGCCGGGAGCCUGAAGGACCCGGAGGUGGCUGAGCUGUUCUUCAGGGAGGACCCUGAGAAGCUCUUCACAGACCUGAGGGAGAUCGGCCAUGGGAGCUUCGGAGCGGUCUACUUCGCCCAUGACAUCCGCACCAAUGAGGUGGUGGCCAUCAAGAAGAUGUCCUAUAGUGGCAAACAGUCCAAUGAGAAAUGGCAGGAUAUCAUCAAGGAAGUGAAGUUCCUCCAGAAACUGCGCCACCCCAACACUGUUGAGUACCGUGGCUGCUACCUGAGAGAGCACACAGCAUGGCUGGUGAUGGAGUACUGCCUGGGCUCAGCUUCUGACCUCUUAGAAGUCCACAAGAAACCCCUCCAGGAAGUGGAAAUAGCUGCCAUAACCCAUGGUGCAUUGCAGGGAUUGGUUUAUCUUCACUCUCACAACAUGAUUCACAGGGAUGUGAAGGCCGGAAACAUCUUGCUGACAGAGCCGGGGCAGGUCAAACUGGGAGAUUUUGGUUCUGCCUCCAUCGUCGCUCCAGCCAACUCCUUCGUGGGAACACCUUACUGGAUGGCCCCCGAGGUGAUCCUGGCCAUGGACGAGGGUCAGUACGACGGGAAGGUGGAUGUGUGGUCACUUGGCAUUACCUGCAUAGAGCUGGCGGAAAGGAAGCCUCCUCUGUUCAACAUGAAUGCUAUGAGUGCCUUAUACCACAUCGCCCAGAACGAGAGCCCUGUGUUGCAGUCUAAUCACUGGUCGGAUUAUUUCCGCAAUUUUGUGGACUCCUGUUUGCAGAAGAUCGCCCAGGACAGACCUACCUCUGAUGUGCUGCUCAAGCACCAUUUCCUAUGCAGAGAGCGUCCCAUGACCGCUGUGAUGGACUUGAUCGCCCGCACCAAGGAUGCUGUCCGCGAGCUGGACAACCUUCAGUACCGGAAGAUGAAGAAAAUCCUCUUCCAUGAAGCACACAACGGUCCCGCACCAGAAGGAGGCGAUGAGGAAGAGGAUGUGGAGCACUAUAUGCUGCGCACCGGCACAGUCAACAGCAUGGAGAGCUCCCACUCUCUGCCCUCCAUGUCAAUCAGCGCCAGCUCCCAGAGCAGCUCUGUCAACAGCCUGGCAGACGGCUCUGACGACAGCGGGGAGAUGGCCAUGAUGCAGGAGGGAGAGCACACCGUCACCUCCAACAGCUCCGUCCUGCACAAGCCCCUGAGCCAUGACAACAUUUACGAUGAUCCCUAUCAGCCAGAGGUGGACCCACUACGAGAUGCUCCGUCUGCUGUUGGUGUCGUUGGCGGAGGAGGAGGAGGAGGUGGUGGAGGAAGAGAAGGAGGUAGAGAAGGAGGUAGAGAAGGAGGUGGAAGGCGUCGUCGAGGCAGAGACCAUUUUGCCACCAUCAGGACGGCCUCGCUCGUCACCCGUCAGAUCCAGGAACAUGAGCAGGGCUCGGCUCUGAGAGAGCAGAUGUCUGGGUACAAGCGAAUGCGGCGGCAGCAUCAGAAGCAGCUGAUGGGCCUGGAGAACAAGCUGAAGGCGGAGAUGGACGAGCACCAGCUGAGACUGGACAAAGAGUUGGAGAAUCAGAGGAACAGCUUCUCAAUGGAGGGAGAAAAGCUCUCCAAAAAGCACCAAGCUAUCAUGGAGAAGGAGGUGAGCUGUCGUGGAGCGAUGACGAAGGCGGUUCUGACCGAGGAGAAGAAGUUCCAGCAGCACAUACUGGGCCAGCAGAAGAAGGAGCUGACGGGUCUGCUGGAGUCUCAGAAACGGCAGUAUCGACAACGCAAAGAGCAGCUCAAAGAGGAACUCAAUGAGAAUCAGUCGACACCAAAGCGGGAGAAACAAGAAUGGCUGGUGCAUCAGAAGGAGUGUCUGCAGCAGUUGCAGGCGGAGGAAGAAGCUGGCCUGCUGCGGCGACAGAGGCAGUAUUAUGAGCUACAGUGCCGUCAGUAUAAGAGGAAGAUGCUGCUGGCACGCCACAACUUGGAGCAGGACCUGCUCAGAGAGGAACUGAACAAAAAGCAGACCCUGAAGGACUUGGAGUGCGCGAUGCUCCUUCGUCACCACGAGUCCACCCAGGAGCUGGAGUUCCGCCAGCUGGGUCUGGUGCAGCGCACGCGGGCCGACCUGAUCCGCACGCAGCACCAGACUGAGCUCACCAACCAGAUGGAGUACAACAAGAGGCGCGAGCAGGAGCUGCGUCAGAAACACGCCGUGGAGGUCCGCCAGCAGCCCAAGAGCCUCAAAGUGAGUGAGAGCACGCCUGACGAGGGAGAGGGCCCGACACCAGAGGGGCCGGGCGGCAGCUGGGACGGCGAGACGGGGGUGGUGGGAGGAGAGGGGGAGGACGAGAGGGACGGAGAGGUAGAGAAGGUGACAGAGGUGGCGGCCGAGGAGAUGUAUGAGGUUGAGGUUGAGCUCGAUAGAGCAGUAUUGGAAGAUGAUGAAAUGUAUACAGGAGUGGAGGGUGAGAGUGUCCUGCUGGUUGAAGGGAAAGAUGAGUUAGAUGAGGACAAUAAAACAAAGGGAAAUGAGGAGGAGAAGGAGGGGACAGAUGUGAGGGAGGUAGAGGGAGAGCAGUGGGAGUUUGAGGAUGAUCCCAGUAAAAUUGCACAUGUAGACACAGAUGAUGAUGAAGAAGAAGACGAGGGUCGGGGCGUGGCCGACGGUUGUCCCUCAGAGCUCAUCUCAUCCCUGUCCCCAGAAAAGAGACGACUCCGUGAAAUCGAUGAGCUGUCUGAGUUUUACUUCCCUGACGCUGCGGAGGAACUGGAGCCCGUACCCGCCCCUCCCCCCGCCCCCGCCCAGACCUCUUUCCCUUCACUCUUCUCUCACGCUAUCUGCCUCCUCCUCUCGCUCUCCGCCGCCGCCCAGCCCUCCAACCUCACUCUGCUUCUCCUCUCCAUCUUCCUCCUCUCCCUCCGUCGCUCCCCUCCCCUGCCGUCUGUGGCCUCUAUCGUUCUCUCCGCCGAGCUCGCCUUCUUGGCGCUCUUCUUCUCGUACCUCUUCCUGCGUUCCUGCUGCUCUCUGUCUCUCUCCACCUACCUGUCGCUCAGCCUCUGGGCCAGCGGCCUCUUCAGUUUAGGACUCUCCUUCAGUUUGGGGAUUUAUUACAUCCCCAUGAUUUUUAUUUCAGCCUCCUUCCUCAGCUCUCCAUCCCUCUUCCUCUCCCUCUACCUGGUGGUGGUGCUGAUUGUCAGGCCGGCCCGUGACUUCCUCCAGCACGCACCCCGCAAAGUCAACCGCCUGUGCAUGCGCUUCCUUUUCCGCCUGCCUCGGCCCCUCUUUGCUAUGUGUCAGUCGGUCCUGGGCGGUAUGGCUCAGCGUAACCUCUACGAGAUGUUUCCCAAAGCAGGGCGCAACUGGGGCGGGCGCCAGUCCAAAAUCCCUGUCCCCCUUAAGAGCUUGCCUUUAGAGUUUCAGGCUCGCUGCAGUAACAAGUCUCCCCUGGCCAAAGGCCUUCACUGGGUGAGGCAUUUCAGUGGACGCCCCCUCAGCGUCCUGGCAGACCUGGCUAACUCCAUCGUGCUAAAACUUGCUGGACAGCUUCUUAAAAAGCUGCCGGUCAAUGCCCGCGUCAAACUCCAAGAUCUGGGCUUCUUGAAGAAGGAAAGGCCGAGCAGGCUUCCUCGACUGUUGCCCAGGGAGGUCAGAGAGCUGAGACAGAUGGAGAGGAGGGGCAGAGAGAGGGAGAGACAGAGGAGGGAAGAGAGGUUGUUCCGUGAGGAGGCGAGGUGGGAGUGUGGGCUGAGGAGAACUUCAUCUGGAAGGUUUGUCAGGAAGAAAAUUCGGCCGUGGAGAUAGCAGUGUGUGAAACAAAUUGAAGGAAAGAGUGGGAAAUAUGUCUCGGUGGUGUGUGUGAGUGUGAUCGUGCUCUUCGUUCCAUUGUUCAACCAUCAUCUGUCUUUUUGAUUUGGGCCCACAUGUCUCUCUCAUUCCAUAACUGUUUUCACACAUCUGUGUGCACUGGCUGAAAGUGAUUAUUUUGGCUGUUGAAGCUCCAAAACAAGCUGUACUGUUGAAUCCGUGAGCCCUGCAAACCUAAACAUGCAGCUGUUCCCACGGUUACUGUACCAAACCCAGUGAAGUUUUCAUCAUUGUGCUUUUUGUAAAAGUUUUUUCUUUUAUUUUUAUUAUUUUGCUCUUAAUUUGUAAGACAUAUUUUUUAUGGUUAUUUUUUAGACCAGUUUUGUGCAAUCUUGUGUUUUUCUUCAUAGCGGUCUUAUUUCUAAGGGUGCACUGUAAUCUCAGUGCUCAGAACAAAUAUGACAGUGUUGCAUAGCGUCGUGGCUAUAAUUUCACUCCCCAAAACUGAAUAUUACUGUGAAAAAGAACAAAAAAUGCCUAAUGAUUUCACUAAGAUCACCCUGAACACUAGCCCUCAGUCGGUUUAAGAGUGCAAUAAGCAGAAUAGAAAUAUCUGGGACCACUGGAGGACAUUUGAAGCGUAUUUUCUCUGUUUAGAAGUGAAAAAAAGUUAGUGCUAGGUCGUAACUUGUAGGACUUUAAAAAAUGAUUGGGGCCAUUACAUCAUCAUUGGAUGCUAUUUACUAUUUACAUUAUCCUUCAGAUUUUAGUUAGAUAUAUUGUUUUUAUUGCGCUUUAUGCAAUAAUCUUGUUAUGAUUUACCAUGUAAACAUUUAGCUAUUUUCCCCUUAUCAAUCCUAUAAAUACACAGCAGUUGAGUGCCUAGUUACAACUGUUUGCACAAAUGUUAACGUCUCUUGUAAAGUGACAUAUCCUAAAGUUAUUGUAGAAACAUAAGAGUGGUAGUAGUGAAAGUAUAAUAUAAUAAAAACCUAUUUAAUAUUUCAGUGUAGCCUAAUUUAUAUGAAGCCAUAUGGGCAAUCUUUUGCGACAUGCAAUCAUAAAAUAAGUCCAAAGAUUGAUGCAACUACUGAAUGUGAAAAGAUUAAGAUUGAGCAGUUCACCAUAAUAUGACAAGAAGAUAUCCAGAAGAAGCAUCUGUUCAAUUUGCACUUUCCCAAAGACACAAAGUGGGAGAACAGAUCUCUUCAGUUUAGGUUGAUUAUUUCCAUUAAACGUUAACCUGCGUUUUUUUUUUUUCAAUCAAACAUUUAGCUUAUGAAACAUAAAAAAUACAAAUAAUUUAAAAAAUGCAACUUCUCCAAUAUUUUGUUUCUUUUGACCAAAAGUUCAGAACCAAAAGAUACUCAGCAUUUUUUCCCUUUUUUUUAUUUUACCUGAAUCGAUUAAUCUGUCUAUUAGGGAUGGGACGAUAUAACACUGUUAUGUUUGUGUUACAAUUAUUCCUGCAGAAAUAAUUGUGAUUCAUUAUAUUAUCGCAAUAAUCAUCAAAAUAUUCUUAAACCUGGCACUAAAACGUACUUUACCCUAUGUUUUUUGUAAAGAAACAGUAUUUUUAUUUAUCGUUCUUUGUUUGGAAUCCAAAUUAUUUCCACACAUUCAAUUAAACAGUUUUUCCGUGCUUAGGAAUAGAAAAGGGCAGCCUGCCCUUUGUGGUUAUUCAAAACAAAUCAGGAAAACAAUAUAUACAUUUAUUUUUCUUCAAGUAAGUUGAGAUAUUCCUAAUUAUCCAAAUCAUGGAAAUUCACAACAAUCAUCUUCUUGGUGUUUUUCUCUCGUCCCAUCCCUUCUGUCAACUGAUGAAUCGUUUCAGCUCUACUUCAGUCGGACCAAAAAUAAACUUAACAGUUGUUUUUAGCACCGUUUUUAUCUCAUGCUCUUGAAAAUUUGAAGACUUAAACACCAAAAUGCUCUGAUGUCAAUGAAGUCAAAUAUAGAAAAUGUGCCGUUCACACGUGCACAGAUCUGAGAUUAAAGGAACGUAAAAAUUCCUGCAAGGGAAUAAAAUGAGUAAAUUGCAUUAGUGUUUGUAAAUGCUGAUUAUGUAGGAAAAAGUGUUGUUUACUAUAUUUAACCGGUGGACGACAUUUGAGCCAUUUGCAUGGAGGAAUAUUGCUGAGUAGGAAAACUUGAUCUUAACUGCAUUUGACCUGGAGGGAGAAAAAGUAGGGCACUUCUUUUGGGUGACCUACAUUUGGGAAGUCUAGUUUUAAAAAAAGCAUUUCAUAGCAAACAUUGUUUUAUUGAAUGUAACUUAUUUGCCAUUGAUUUUCAUUUGUGUUCCAGUUAUUUUCUGUUCCUCUGUGUAUGUUUACAUGUUUGUAUUCUGUUUUGU